AUGUCGUCCAAUGCAGGACAGAACCAGGCUCCCUCCAAAGCGGUAAAUAUUUCGAAUACCUCGGCCGCGUCUACAUUCCACUCCACACCUCCAACCGACAGCGGCUCUCAACGACGCGCUGGAGGCACUGGAAGCUUUGGUUCCGGUUCAUCUUCGAGGAAUACACCCACGCCAAGAAAUAUCCAGGGUCGCAAGAACCAACACAAGAAUCAGAGGAAAGCCCGACUACUGGAUGAUGACGAGUACAACGAAUCGGCCGUCAUGAGAUCAACAAAUAGCCGUAAAGGACAGACGUCCAUUACUCACUUGAUGAACUUUUCUCUCCCGCCUCGUCCACAGUACCAACCACCACCCCGCAACACGCGCCGCUAUCAGUCAUGGGGAGCAGGAUCCGGAUACCAUGCAGUGGACAAGGCACGUUAUGUGCACGCAAACUAUCGGUUCAUCGUGUCGCCGGAUCGCAAUUACCAUGCACAGGCAGCCAACGCGGAUGUCCACUUGGACUGGGAUUCAGUUCUUCAAGUACUUGUAUCGGCUCAGACCCAAGCAGCUAGCUGUCCGAUUUGUCUCUCUACGCCUGUCGCUCCACGAAUGGCCCGUUGCGGUCACAUAUUUUGUCUACCCUGUCUCAUUCGAUAUAUGCAUGCAUCAUCUGAUGACGAUACCCCCAUCCCCGAGAAAAGAGCUCGAUGGAAGAAGUGCCCAAUCUGCUGGGACUCGAUUUAUACAUCCGAAACUCGCCCUGUCCGGUGGUUCCGAGGCCAGGAAGGUGACCUUCCCGUUGAGGGUGGAGAUGUUGUGCUGAGAUUGGUUAAGCGGGAACCCGGUAGUACGCUCGCCUUGCCUCGCGAUGGUGCCGAGGCCCCCGAUGCUGGACAGGACAUACCAUGGUUUCAUGUCGCAGAAGUCGCGGACUACGCUCGGAUCAUGAAGGGCGGCGAGGACUACAUGACUUCUCAAUAUGAGACCGAAAUUGAGGACCUACGCCAGCAGGCCGUUGAGGAUGAGCUAUUGUUUGGCGAUGAGAACACCUGGACUCGCAAGGCAAUUGGUGCUAUCAACGCGGCGAAGGAAAAGCUCAACGGCAUUGGUAAUCCGCCCAACGUUUCACGGCAACCCAAGACUGCUAAAGAGCCACCUGUGGAAUCUAUUGCCCCCGCAGUUGACAUGAAGGAGCCCGUAAUUCCAUCCACGAGUGAUUCCUCGGCCGAAUCCGUGCUUGAGUCGACCACGGAUGCACCACAGCCCGUACAGGAAUCUUCAUCAACCCCAGCCACGUCAGACGAAGCGGAGCAUCUCUCAGAGCCCUUGGAAAGAACCAGCAUAUCCUCUGAACCAAAUCCCAAACCUAAGAAUAGGGGCGGGGGCAAAGAGCCACAAGUUUCCCAGCCGUCCGACCAGCCCUAUUUCUUCUACCAGGCUCUACCUCAAUUCUACCUGUCGUCUCUUGAUAUCCGAAUUCUCAAGGCGGCAUUCAACGAAUACGCUGAUUUCCCAGCGACUAUUCUGCCGCGCGUGGAGCACAUCUCUACUGGUCACAUGGUGGAUGAUGAUCUCCGCAAGCGAGUGAAAUAUCUGGGCCACCUUCCUUACGGCUGUGAGGUCAACUUUCUUGAAUGCGAUUGGAGGGAUGUGGUCGUUCCAGAAGUUCUUAACCGUUUCCGCUCUGAGACUGAUCGAAGGCGAAAGCGCAAUCGUGAGAAAGAAGCUCGCGAAGAGAAGGACCGCAUUCGCGCUGAAAAGGAAGAAGACGAUAAACGAUGGGCUGCUGCACGGCGCAAGCGGCCCAGUAUUGGUAGUGCCAGUGAAGCACCAUUCUCUGCACAAGACUUCCAACCAUUGGCUAGUGGCCUCGACCCCGCCUUAUUUGAUACCGGUGCUUCUUCAGCUUCUCCUCCUCGUGCAUCCUCUCAAUUUGGAGCAUUGGCUUCCCCAUCCAACAGUCCCCCAGGCUCACGUACAGUCUGGGGAACCACAGCUGUGGAAUCACUUUCUCCCAGACUUGAAGUUCAAAGUGGAACCCCCAACGAUGGAUGGUUGCACGGCUGGGAGGACGAACUGCUAGCACAUCAGGAGUCCGUCAUCAUGGCCCAGACUGCCACUGAAGCUCAAUCCGCCGGCCCAUCAACGUCUACGCCCACGGGCGGGGCGAAGAAAAAGAAGAAAAGCAAGAUUACGUUGAUGUCAACGAAUAGCCAUCGAGGCGCAUAG